GAGCAGGAAUCUCACACGGGCAAACAAAACUGUCACGCAGCGGAACAUUGGCACCAGUCGCAGAUAAUACUCGCCGGCCUAGUGGUAAGUCUGAAGACCCUCCACGUCUUCCUUUCGAAGCUAAUCUCAAAAUGUCAUUGCCUGAGUGAACUUCAUUCAUACUUUUGGCACAAAGCUCAAGACCGGAUUUUUCCGCGAUGGAUAACGAUGGGCUCGGAAAUGGACGAUUGUGGCGGUUGAUCUUUGGUUUUGUUUUUUCUCUGAGCGUGAACCGUUGCGCCGGAUACAUCCUGAAGGACUGUCGAAUCAGCAACGGCAACGCCAUUUGCUCGGCCAACAAACUGCGAGCCGUCCCUCGGGGCAUCCCGGCAUCGGUCAAAACCGUUGACUUGGCGGUGAACAAAAUAGCCGCCAUCCGGGUGGGCGAUUUCGUGAAUCACACGGUCCUGGCGCAGCUGGACCUGAAGCGCAACAACAUUUCACGGAUCGAAAAGGGUGCCUUCGCCGCCCUGCGCUCACUCCAAAAGUUAAAUCUGAAUAAUAACCGUCUGGCGCAACUGGGAGAUUUUUUUGAAGGUUUGAGCAACCUGACCGAGCUACGACUAACGAGCAAUUCCAUCACAACUGUGAUCCCUUCCUCCUUGAAACCCCUGAUGAAUUUGACCGUUUUGGACUUGUCGUUCAACAAACUGCGGCACCUGACAAAUGUUCACUACGCGAUCCAACAUCUACCAAAUCUGCGGUAUCUGUUCAUCAAAAAAAUCGACAUCACCAUUUUUCGGUCCUGGGAACUGACCAACAUCACGGUGGGCCCGGCGUACCUCGAUCUGUCGCAAAACAACAUCGACGUCUUUGCUAUUAGCGCGGACGUUUUCCAGAACCUCACUUGGCUGAACAUCGGUGGCGCUCCGAGAAAGCGAAAGUUGAUCUGUGAGAUUGGCGAAGGGACGGGGCUAAAACGGCUGACCACGCUCGAUAUCGGCGGGCUUCACUUGGAGCGCAAAGACGCCGCGGCGCUUUUUCGUAGCGUCAACUUUUCGCUCAGCACGCUCCGGAUGAACGCGAUGAAACGCAACCUCCGAGAACUGCUCAACAUGUCCUGCACCAUCCCGACACUGACUCAGCUGCAACUCAGAGGCAACAGACUUCAGCUGCUCGAUUCCACUUUGCUUCGGUUGUGCUCCUCCGUCACCGAGUUGGAUGUAGCCAACAAUCGCAUGCAAAACAUUUUCAGCGACGCCUUCCGAGCCCUACAAGGUCUCAAAAGCUUGACUCUCAGCCAGAACAGACUAUCGUCGGUCCCGCCCGCCGUUAGGAAUCUGACGAAACUUCUCGAACUGGACCUGAGCUUCAACAACAUCAGCUCACUCGGUUGCGAUGACUUUGCAGAGCUGCGCAAACUCAGGGUGCUCGGCCUUUAUCGGAACUACAUAUCGACCAUCAAUUUGUGCGUCUUCAAAGAUCUGACCAACCUUCAGGUCCUCAAAUUGCAGACCAACCGGAUCACGAAACUGAACGGCGUUUUCACGAGAUACUUGCCAAAUCUCAGGCAGCUGAAACUGGAUGAGAAUCGAAUUACCACCAUCGAGAAGGGAGCGUUUGAGGGCUUGCGGUCUCUCCAGAACUUAUCAAUGCAGAGGAAUGAACUCCAAAAGCUUGAAAGCGGUUCUUUCGUCGGCCUGACGAUGCUCACCGACAUUCUGCUGCCAUCCAACCAAAUCGAAGAGACCGAGAUCACCGCGGGCGUGUUCAACGAUCUUAUUAAUUUAAGAAGGUUGAAUUUAUUGGACAAUCGCAUCAAGUACAGGAGCAGUUCAGCAUUGCCCGAGGCGCCGUUCUCCCGCCUUUCUCAACUGGAGACUUUGGCCAUGGCGGGGCAACACGGCAGAGGCAGGUCCCAGCUACCUCGCAACUUUCUUCAGGGUUUGAGCAACCUUCUCAUUUUUGACAUGAGGAACGCCCAAAUUGUCUCCUUGCACCAAGAUACGUUCAAGCACACGCCUUCGCUUCAGAAGCUUGACAUCAGUUCAAAUGAGCUCACGGAUAUCUCUCCCAGGAUGUUUGAUCCCAUCCACAACCUCCAGAGCCUCUACAUUUCAAGAACCUCUCUCCGGUCGCUAGAUUUCCUCAAGGAGGCCAACCUGACCAAAUUAGAGUUCCUACAAGCCCGGAGGAACCAGUAUUCAGUCAUCACCGUGGAACAAAUGGCCUCCCUUCCUUCUCUGGUGUAUUUGGAUCUUCAAGGGAACGGUUUCUUAUGCGACUGCGACAACUCCUGGUUCCUCCAGUGGAUGAACAAAACGCCAACCCAAGUAUAUGACGCUUACAACUUUGUCUGCAACUACCCCCUGAACCUUAAAGGCAUGAAGCUGCUGGACCUUGACAUCCAAUCCUGCUCUGUAGACGUGGGGUUCAUCUACUACGUCUCCACCACGUGCGCCAUCCUCCUGUUUCAGCUGACGGCAUUCACCUAUCACUUCCUGCGAUGGCAGCUGGCUUACGCCUAUCACCUCUUGCUGGCUCGACUGUAUGAGAGGAAAUACAGGGACAGGCAACCAAACUGUCUCUAUGACGCCUUUGUCUCUUUCAACGCCCACGACGAGGACUGGGUCUACAGGGAGCUGCUGCCCAAACUUGAGGAAGAGCAGGGCUGGAGGUUGUGCCUGCACCACCGAGACUUUGAGCCAGGGAAACCCAUCAUGGACAACAUCACGGAGGCCAUCUACGCCAGCAGAAAAACCAUCUGCGUCAUCAGUCGCAAAUACCUGGAGAGUGAGUGGUGCUCAAGAGAGAUUCAGGUGGCCGGCUUCCGCCUGUUUGAUGAGCACAAGGACGUUCUCAUCCUGGUCUUCCUGGAGGACAUUCCCAUCUGGGAGCUGUCUCCUUACUACCGCAUGAGGAAGAUGGUGAACAAGCGGACCUUCUUGAGCUGGCCCCGGGCGGCCCAGUGCACUGAACUUUUCUGGGAGAAGCUGCGGCAGGCUUUGCAGUCCACAGACAACGCCGAUGGCGAAUUAUUACUCCUAACCGUGGAGGACAAAGGAUGAUGAACAUGAUAAGGAGAAGGUAAUGAAGGCGGAUGGAGCCCUGGCUUUUCUAUUCCCUUAGUCUGGAGUGACAUGGCAAGUUCACAAGCCUAAUUUUGAUAUAAUGCCUAUAAAGAGAGCCUUCAUGUCCCUCGACUAAGAAAAUGUUUAUUAAUAUAUGGUUUAGUGGAACAUUUUGGUGUUCAAACGUACAAUGCGCAAUUGUUUUUUGUGUUUUGUCAGUUUCACAGUAAACUUGGACUUGGUGUGGAUAAAUAAAUAGCUUGAUGCAAAAAG